AUGCAGGUAAUUUAUAAGAUGUGUACAGAUGAGCAAUUCUACACGCGUAAUAACGAACAACCUGUUCAUGGACAUGGUUGAUAUUGACAGGCUUGAACAAGGUUGAUAUUGACAGGCUUGAACAAGGUUGAUAUUGACAGGCUUCAACAAGGUUGAUAUUGACAGGCUUGAACAAGGUUGUGCUGAACCCUAAGAACAAGUUGUCAACAAUGUUGUCACAACAUUGUCAUUGUUACGACUGAACAUGCUGUAACAACAUUGUUGACAACUUGUUCUGCAUGAAGGUGCAGCACAAUCUUGUUCAUGCCUGUCGAUAUCAACCGGGAACAGAUUGUUCGUUUUUACGUGUGUAUAGAGGAUCAAUUAGACUUUUCGUCAUCUAAAAUACUGGAUUGUCAUAUAAUUUUCUUAUAAUUGUUUACAAAAGCGUUUUGCAAGUUGAGAUUGUCUUUUGCCGAGAUUAAAGCUUAUUAAAAUGUGCGGCACCAUGUGCAUUCUCUGAAGUCUACAUAUACAGGAAGUUCAAUAUUUGACAUAUACACAGCCACAGGAAAUUUUGAGGAUACCUAUUUACCGAGCCAAGGAUUCGAGCUCGGAAUCGAGCUCGGAUUCGAGCUCGGAAUUCGAGCUUGGAAUUCGAGCUCGGAUUCUAUAGUAAGGUUAAGCUUGUUAAAAAAGAUUUUAUGCGGAAUUCUUUGUUUGGCGUUAGUAUAUGAAGAGCAAUAUGGCGAAGCAGCAAGUUGCUUACAAUCAAAAUCUCACCAGCAGAAUUAUGCAGAACACUAGAUGAUAUUAAAUUAGGGAAAGCUGCAGGACUCGACAAAAUCACAAACAAACUGUUAAAGGCUGCAGGCUAUACCAUAUGUGAAACCUUGCUUUAUAUUUUUAACUUGAUCCUAGACGUUGGUGUACUUCCAGACGACUUAAAACAGGCUAAGGUUACGCCUAUCUAUAAGGAAGGGGACAAAAAUGAAUGCGGAAAUUACAGACCUAUAUCUGUCAUACCGGCAAUUUCAAAAAUGUUAGAGAAAAUAGUUUAUAACCAACUCCUCAAUUUUCUGAAUGACAACAAAAUAAUCACAAAACGUCAAUCUGGCUUCCGUAAAUAUCACUCUACUGAAACUGCUCUCUUGCAAACAACCAAUAAAUAUUUAAUGAAUAUGGAUAGAGGCUUAAUAAACGGUGUCUUGUUUCUUGAUCUCAAAAAGGCAUUCGAUACAGUCGACCACAAAAUCCUUCUUGCUAAACUCGAACUAUAUGGAGUUCAAGGUGUAGCCCUUAACUUCUUCAAAUCGUACUUAAUUAACCAACAGGAGUCAAUUAUGUACAGUCCAAGGUACAAAUUCCCAACUGAAAAAGAUAAGGUGCGGAGUCCCACAGGGAUCAAACUUAGGACCGUUAUUAUUCUCAUUGUAUAUAAACGAUCUUCCUAACUGUCUCGAACAAACAGAGGCAUCUAUGUUUGCAGAUGACACAAAUAUAUAAAGCAUUGGUAAUUCACCUGCGGACAUAGAAGUGAAACUAAACAAUGACUUGUAUAACGUCAAUAACUGGUUAAUAGCAAACAAGCUUACUUUAAACUUAAAAAAAACUGAAUUUAUGCUAAUAGCCUCUAAACGAAAAUUGAAACAUUUCUCUUAUGACCCAUGUAUACUGAUUGGUAAUCAUAACAUCAAACAGGUAACCAAUAAAAAAGUACUGGGAAUUACGUUAGACGAUGAACUGAGAUGGCAUAAACACAAUGAUCUUCAAUGCAAAAAACUAUCCAAGAGCAUUGCCUUAUUAAGACGAGCCAAACGAUUUGUCAACCAAAACGUCUUAAUUAACAUGUACAACUCACUAGUCUUACCUCACUUUACUUAUUGCUCCAACGUGUGGAAUGACGGCAGUCGUACACAUACAGACAAGCUUUUAAAAAUGCAGAAACGAGCGGCUAGAAUUAUCACAGGGUCAACUUACGAAGUAAGAUCUACCUCCUCCGCAGGCCUUUCGGUGCGGGCGGGAAUAAUUUGCGGGCGUGAAAUUUGAGAUCAGGGAAGAACGGAAGGCGACGAAAGGCCUGCUGAAUAAUAGUCGGUUCCUGGGUAGCCUGCUCACAGGCUCUAUUAUAUAGAGCCUGCGACUUUUAUUGAUAUUUUGUCAAUACGCCCCCUUUGAGAUAAUUGAAUAUCCGGUAAAUAGUAGCCAAUCAAAGCAAGUUUUGUUAAUUAGAUUACCAGAGGUUAUUAACAACAACAAACAGUUUCUCGCGCAAUUUUACGUCUGUAUCUUUCACUAGGAUUCCAAGGUCUAAACUUUAAUCUAAAAUAAUUCAUGGUCGUUUUUUCCCUAAAGUGUUCUAAUAUUUAAAACAUAGUCCCGUUUGUAUAUUGCUGUCUUGUUCGUACAUUGCCGUUUUAAAUUAUGUAACUAUACUACAGAGACGUAAAAUUUUUACUCUGUUUAUAGUUAAUGUAUUUUAUAUAUUGAUAUCCAAAAUAUAACUGUAAGAUUUAAGGAAACGUAUUUAGGUUUUGAACAAAGUAACAAACACUAUUUAUUAAAAGUGUCGAACAAUAGCAGGCUAAAAAACAUUAAUCAUUAUUGCGGAAGUCUGUCAUUUGCUCAAUAAUACAAUUAACUCAAUAGACAAUAGACAAUUUGAAAACCCGUGGCCGUGGCAUCGAUUCUGCCGUGUUUAAUAACUACAUUUUUUUGUAAAAAGCUCUUGUUGUAAUAAUAUAUGUCACUAGUUGAGACUCCCAAAAAUAAAGUCACAAAGAGAGAGAGGACUUCGGUCAAAGAACACGCAAACGACUAUUGCAAAAUUUCCAGGUGUAAAUUCAAAUUGGCCAGGUGUUCUAAGAACAACUUUCCUCGACGGCGUCUGUUUUAAUAAUUUGCCCAUUGUCUUGACUUAUUCAAGACCAGAUUGUUUUAAUAGGCAGAAAGCCUUGGGUUGACAGGGAAGUAUUUGGGAGAAAUGUUCGGAGGCAUUUGACAAUCAACUGCUUUAUACUAGCUGAUUCACUGCCUGUGUCUCAACGAACGUCUCGCUGGGCUAACCCUUAAGUUGUUCAACGUUUGAAACCGCAAGUGAUGCAAACGCGGUUAGAUAAAUUGUCAGCCUGAACUAGACUUAUUUUACUCUCUCUGCAAAGAUCAGCAAGGCAUACGUCGAAGUUUUCCCUUGUACUUCUUUGGAAAAGGUUUAUUAUAGCUGACGAAGACAAAGUAUCGGUAUAUUACAUGUAAACUUUUAUCAAAUCCCGUUGGAAGUACAGUUAAUAUUGCUAACCUUCGCUCAUCCUUCAACGUUAAUUUAAAUUGAAAGUUUCAAAUACAUUCAGUUACUUCUUCGAAGAGAUAAACAAAGUCAUGGUUUUAUACGCCACUGAUUGAAUGCCAGCUUUAAAAUUACAUUGCGAAAUGUCGUACGAGUUAAAUAUUUGCACGAUAUUAACUCAUGGGGCACUUCUGACCAAUGGGAAUUUUGCGUACGCUCCGUACGCAUAAAUCGACUUUUUACUAAUAAAGGUCGCAGGCCGUUCCUCCCAUGCAGCCUCUGCCUGACAACGGCCUGCGAGCAGGCUAGUUCCUGGGCAGAAGUGACGUUUCCCGGGUAUCGGUUUUUAAUCCUUAAAAAUCUUCGUGAAAUAUGAACCAUCCUAUCCCAAAACUAUUGUCCCGUGUAUGGUAGAGUAUUUGUGAUACUUCAGGGCAGUCAUGGCCGAAAGCAGCGACGAACAGAGGGAAAAAUCGAGGAUUUCGACGAUGUUGACGUUCUUAAUAAUAUGUCAUUCUGUGAAAUGGAAAUAUGUAUGUAUUUUACCUGAUUAAAUAUCAUGUAGAUCAUUGACGCGUUUUAUAAUGCAAUUCAUAACAAGCAGUCGUAACACAAUGAUAUCGAUCGCUAUGAACAGGACACGCUUGAAUAACGCCAUAUGUUGACAAUUGAUAUGUUGUGCUCAUCGUUCGACGGCAGCGAUGUGGAUACUCUCAAUAUAUCGUUUUCUGAAAUGGACUUGGUAUGUAGAUUUUUGUGGUAAUGGAGAUUCUACAUGCAGACAUUGUGUCAUUAUACUCAAAAGACAAAGAACAAGCGAACAAUGAGACGCUAUAUUACUUCUAUUUACAUUGUAAAUGUAUAUUUUUAAUAUGCAAAUAUAAUUUCACCAUAUUUAUCUUUCAAAUUGUGCUUUUAAUGUUUCAUGCAGACUGAUAUUUGAAUCUUAUCUAAAGUAUUUGAAAUGGCUUAUCAUAGGCUUAGUCGCAAAAUAUAUAGAAAGCGGAUAAUAUCGUUGAUGUUGUAUUUGCAUUGGCAUAAUUUGUAUAAACACUUUAUAUUAGACAGUCUCCAUCGUCAUAGAAAAGCGGCGGCUAGUUAUAAGUACUUUUUAGUCUGCCAAGACCACUGGAUGCUAUUUCUAAAUAUUAUUUAGAUCUAUUAGAUCAGUGCUGGUAUGUAUAUUGUAUAUUAAGUCAUAAUAGUAAAGUCAAAAUGAAAAUUUCGAUUUAUAGCAUACGCCAUCUUGAAAGCAUUACUCGGCAGGCGCUCUCGCCUGCAACCCGCAUUUUCCGAACCUGCCCGAAAUGCUCCCUAAGCGCCUGCGGAGGAGGUAGAAGUAAGAUCGAAAGAUAUAUUUAAUAUCUUACACUGGGAACCAAUUGAAACCACUCUUAAGAAAAGAGAAAUGAUAAUGACAUUUAAGGCCUUACAAGGACAACUGCCAGAAUGUAUGACCAACUUCUUUAAAAUUUGCCUAAAUGAUAUGUACCCAUUAAGAAGUAAUAACUGUAAACUUUAUUUGGAGAAACCUAAACAGACUUCUUGAAGAAUUCGUUUUCAUAUCGAGGUGCGGCAUCAUGGAACAAUCUUCCAAAUGAUGUUACCAACAACUACAAAGUGCUCUCCAUAAGUAACUUCAAAACUUUAAUCAACAACUAUUUCACCAAUUUGGAGAGGAAUAGUGUAUGACAACCACUUGUGGGGCGGAUUUUGAUUCGAAGGAGUAAUUUUUUGGGUCUGGGAGGGUUAACAUAACAUACUAUUUCUAGUUAUAUAUGUGAGUCAUUCUAAUUUAUAUAUAGUAUUCAUUGCAUGGGCUUUCUUUUUUACACAGUAUAUACAAUAGAUUUUUCGUAUUUGUAAAUAUUCUAACGGCCCCUUGAAAAGCAGUUUAAUCUGAAGGGCUACCGUUUUUAAAUAAGAUGAAUAAUAAUAAUAAUAAAAUGUUCGUUUGCCAGAGUCAGUACGCGGGAAGGGGGGUUGUGAAGGUCAUAUGCGCAAGCUCUAGUCAGAGCCCGUUGUCGAAUACAAGAUAAGAAUUUAAACAUUUGCUUAAAUGAUCACGGAGCACUGGGAUAAGGUUAGACUUGCCACAAGUCGGCCUCGAACGAAACGCGAGUAGCGAGCGCGAGCGACGAAGUCGCUCGCGCGAGGCCGACUUGUCAUACUUGCAGCGCGCCAAAUUUUACUGACCUAAAAAUGGGUCAGUAACGCUGAUCUAUAUAUAUUGUGUAUAUUCAUUUGUUGAUGAUCUCUUCAACCAAUCAGAGAAGCGUGAAAGGGACAUGUUGACGUAUUUAUGAACAGACUUCCGGAAACAAGGAAUUUGCGCAGUAUUUCGUGUUCUGCCUUUCAACACUGUGUCUGUGGUUUCUGUGUUUGCAAUGGAGAAUUCGGUUUCAAAGGGGAUUGAAAAGGCACAGCAGUUUUCUGGCUAUUUAGAGUUGAAAGAGUAUCAACGGCAGACCAUUGAAGCCUAUCUAUCUGGCAGAGAUGUGUUCGUUUCGGCACAGACAGGAUAUGGGAAAAGCUUAACCUUUGAGUUAGCUCCGCAUGCUUUCGAGUACUUGUCGGAAAAUAACAAGUCGUUGGUUCUCGUCGUCGUUCCGUUGGUCUCGCUUAUGAAAGACCAAGUUAGCCAUUUGGUCAGACCAAGUUAGCAGUUUGGUCAAUUUAGUUCCUAUAUUGGGGACGACUGCUUCGCAAAGCGAAGUGACAAAUAUGAAAUAUGACGCACAUGCGAUUAGAUGAUGCAAUUAGAAAACUCAACCCCCUGUUAAUUGAUAGCCAAUAACUUAUUCACAUUUUUUAGCGCGAAAUGCAAUUGAAAACCCUGCAAGUAUGACAAGUCGACCUCGCGCGAGCGACUUCGUCGCUCGCGCUCGCUGCUUGCGUUUCGUUCAAGGUCGACUUGUGGCAAGUCUAGGAUAAGGUCGAAGAUUGGGAUUAUUCGAAUCUGGGAAAAAAGAAGAACAUAAGGAGUAGAAAAGUCAGUGACUAGAAUAAUACGUGCUGCACGCUUUUGCUGUCGAAGAAUGCGAAGUAAAAGUGUUUUUGAGCAGUUUCCCCAAGUUACAGAGCAUGUCAAAACAUUGCAUUUUAAAGCAAAUUGUAUGGAUUUUUUAAAAUAAAAGACCUUUUCGGGAGACCUAUACUCUGCCUUGAAUUACCCAGAGGGAGGGACCGUAGACUCGUAUUUUCCGAAAAGCUAACGAACAAUGCCGAGCCGCCAGCGAGAAUGUGAAAUGAGUAUACGGCAAUGGUAUACGGUUCAUUUGGUGUUCAUGUUACAUGAAGUACGAAUAAAAAAUCAAACAAUGUUUAUUAUAAACUUUAUAUGGUUUCACAUGGUUUCUCGACAAUUUCAACAGACUAUAAAUUGUAAAAUAUGCAUUUUAAUGGGGAUUUUACAAUGAAAUAUGUUAAGCCUGGUUCACAUUGAUCGGCGAUGUUCUACGAUCCAUUGUCUGUGAGCAACGAAGAAGAAAAUGCACAAAACAUUUUAUGCAUCAAUGACCACCGACAAUGGGCAUCGCCGAUGUUUACGAUCAAUGUGAACCAGGCUUUACAGUUAACAAGGUAAGAUGGCGUUUGUAUUGUUUUACUAGAGUUUAGUGACUCUUCUGCUCCCUGUGCGCGUGACUUUUAAAUUAAUUAAUACUUCUUUUCGAAUUUGGAUUGUUAUAUUCAACAGUUAUAUGAGAUUGGGUCAUUCCAUUUAUUAUCCGCACCCCCCCUAUGGAUGAGCGGAUUCCUACCGGUCAGAUAUUAGGACUUAGGGGAUUCCUACUGGUCAGAUAUUGGGAAUUAGCAGAUUCCUUCGGCCCGAUUCCUACCGGUCAGAUAUUGCCGUCGAGGUGUAGCAUACUAUAUUGCCAAAUAUUUAUUAUGAGAAUCAUAAUCACUCCAUUUAUUAUCCUCACCCCCCCCCCCCGGUCUGACAUUGGGAAUUAGCAGAUUCCUACCGGUGGGAUAUUGGCAAUUAGCAGAUUCCUACCAGUGAGAUAUUGGCAAUUAGCAGCAUUCCUAGGGUUUAGAUUGAUACUGUCGAUUCCAACAGGGUACUUCUCUGAAAUCCGAUUCCUACAGGUAACAUUUUUACCAGAGCUCAUCCAUAGGGGGGGUGCGGAUAAUAAAUGGAAUGACCCAUUCGAUUGGGACUAUUCUACUGUACAAUGAAGUACUAUUGGAUACUGUAAUGUCUAAAUACACAGCAAGACGAAUAAGUGGCAUUUAUCCGGGCAGAGAAGCGGCGAGCCAUUGCAAUUUAUAAUGGCGCCAUAUUUCAGUCUUUCACGAAAUAUCGAAGGACACAAUAUCGAAGAUAAUUACACUGCACUGUUUCAAAACCUGAUGAAACCUUCUUUGAAAUCUUCAACCAUGUUAUGUAAAAGUGCAACAACUGGAUGAUAUUUGCCAGAUUUCAGUUGGCGAUAAAUAGCAAACAAGACUGAAAAAUAUGGUAUUAUAUUUAAAGAAAACAAUGACAAUCCUUAUGACAAUCCUCAUGAGAUUUGUUUUUAGGAAAUAGGGAUAUUUCACUUCUGCCAAGGCACAUUAGUUAUUUAUGCAUAAUUAGCAAUUUACCUGGGGGUGGUGCAUGGUCAUUUUCUUGUAAAAUAUUAUACUUAGACAAAUUUUUCCUUCCACUGACCACCCUAGCCUGAAAUGUCAGGUUCAAGCGGGGAGAACGCCUGACAUUUCAGACUACUGACCACCCCUAAAAGCAACCCUUCUGAACGCUAUAACACUUUAGAAAGGCUAUCGCUUUUCCUUUUCGGAAGUUACAGCUAUGUCGACACUGCCGUUUCAGGACGGGAUCAUUUUCAGGACUUUUGUCCCGGAUUCAGGUUUUGGCACAUAUGCCAUGUUGACUGCCAUGGUCAUUUUACCCUAAAACAGUUGAGAUUACCUGUGCUAAGUGAAACGCAUACAAACUCAUAUAGUCAUAUACAGGUCCUAGACUAUAAUAAAACUUAGAUUCCGAGCUCGAUUCCGAACUCGAAUUCCGAGCUCGAAUUCCGAGCUCGAUUCCGAGCUCGAAUCCGAGCUCGAAUCCGAGCUCGAAUCCUUGGCUCGAAUCCGAGCUCGAAUCCUUGGCUCGGUAUAUAGUAUAUCUCGGAAAUUUUUAGUUUUGGACUAUUUUGCUCCAGGAAGAGAAUAUCUUUUUUAGGCGUGUAUUACGUGGUAAAUGAAGGCGGAACAUAUUGGAGAAUGACUGCAUUGUAUGGCAUUAAUUUACAGUACUAAAUUGUGUUCUUGUAUGUGAAGCUUGCUCUCAGACUCGGUAUACACUUGAGUUGAAAUAAAUGCAUAUUAAUUUGAUCAAAAAGAGGAUUUGUAAACCCUGGUUUCCAUAUAAUAUUUGCCAAUGGCUUUAUAAUAUGUAAACGUAUUGAAUUUCUUUUUAUUACAGAUUACAAAAAGCCAAAAAAGGAAGAUAUUUAGAAUAAGCUUUAUUUUGGUCUGCCUUCUUGGCUUGGCCCCUUCAUUCACACAAGGUAUAUGGUAGUUUGCAUAAGGUUAUACAAAUAAAUCUCUGGUCUAUGAAUUUUCAUUCUUAUUCGCUGGUCAAACGAGAAACAGAGUUGCAUAUGACAGUUGAUAGUUACCGCACGUGUGGCCAUUUUUCUUUUUACAGUGCUUUUGUGAGCAUGCAUUUUGUUCCAAAGCCACUGAGAGCUCAGCCGAGACUGGUCUGAAAUGUAUUUGUGUUUACAUACAUCCUGCUCCAAAUUCAUCCUGGUCUGAAGAUAGUCUGUUCGGUCCAUGAAAACAUGUAAUAUAAAUAAUAUCUUCUGGAGUUACUAGUUAAGGGUCUUCGCUCGAAGCGUCGAAAUUCUCCUUAUGUUUUCAGGUAGUUGCAUCCCCACCCACGAAAGCUUGUUCAUAUUAUUGCCACUGCCUACACUGACACAGACACUUCAAGAUUAUAAAUAAUACUCUGACCGAAAUAAAAUCGUCCCAGUUUGACUUGUCCCCUGUCUCAUGUAACAAUUUAUGUACUAGAUAAAACACGAGCAGCCAAAGGCGAGAGUUUGUAUAUCAGAUACAGAUCGGAGGCGAAUGUUUUAACGUACGACGAUGUAAUUUUAAAAAUAAGCAUUGUCUAAGCCGAGAAAAUCAAAGCUGAAGUUUAUGUAAAUCAGGACAAAUCUUUAUCCGAUUUACAAACAUUGAUUAAACAUUCAUUUCUUUUGUAUUUUCCUCGUGAAUUAGUAAUGAAUUUUUUAAAUACUAAUAUAAAUUAUCCUAAUUUAAUCGGUAGUAUUGUACAUGCCAUGCUCUAAUGUUUUCAGGUGAUGAAUGGCCAAGUGGUAGUUAUGGUCUCCCUAGAUCUAAAUCAGGAUGUCCAGGUGGUAAGGAGAAUGGAUGGUAUGAGGGCUGGAGGUUUCAGGAUAUGGAAGACGAUGCAGAUAAGAGUACCAGUAGUCGGUCAAGAGUAUCUAGUGGGUCACAUAUGGAUGUCACAUUAGUUGGAAAUAAAAAAGAUGUAAACAGGACAUUCUGCAUGAAACAAAAUACUGGAACACAAACAAGGUAUUGGCCUAAAGGUAAGGUUCUCUAUAUGCAUACGCUGACUACCUAUGAAACAGCCAUGCAUACGUUACAGUAUGAACUCCAGGGAUUCUGCAAUAGGUAUUUAUAUACAAAUUGGAUGACUGAAUGGCAUGGAGGGGAACGAUGGGAUUUUCAAAACAAUGAAAACACAAUGUCAAUGAAACUUUCCGACCACUCUGGGUUGUGAUUUGAUGGCACAAUUCGUAUGCUAAGUGUCCUUUACAGAAUACCAUCAUAACUAAAGCCUCAAAAUAUUCACUGCAGUCGUUACUGUUAAAAGUGAACAAAACCUCCAGCUUUCAUGCCAUCAGAAUGAUGCAUGCCAUUUCUCAUGUCUUCAGAAUAAUUUUAUAAUAAUAUCUCCAUUCAUUCUCGAUCACGACUUCAGAAUAAUUUUAUAAUAAUAUCUCCAUUCCUCAAUUGCCAUCAAAAUAAUUUUUUUUAAUUAAAAUGAUUUAUUUAUGUUGUAUAUGUUUUUUGACUGAUUUCCCCCUUGAAAAUGUAUUUUUGUUUUGACAGGUUCAUAUUGUAUUUAUAAGAAUGGAACGUGUCCAAGAAGUAUGAUACCAGGCUGGGUGAGAUGGGAUGAUGCAGAUGAUGGCAAUGGAAAUGGAAAAGGAGGAUUUCUACCAGAUGGUGUAUAUGAUUAUAAUACCCUGAUAUAUUAUUGUUGUCAAACUGAUAGUAACUGGUAUGAUUCAAUUGAACUGCCAGUCAGUCAACCAUUUUAUUUAUUAACAUCUAACUCUACUGACACUCCUAAAUGUCAGAUGGUGAAGUGGGCAUUUAGUUACUUGGAGUAUAUUGUGUUUGAUACAGAAGAUAACAGGAAUAGAGAUGCUCAGGGUGGGGAACAUUUGUUUUCGGAUGGAGAUAAGAAAUACUAUUGUUACUAUGAAGGUACGUUAAUAUAACUCAGUUCGUAGUACCAACUGAACACUGCAAUCAGGAAGUUUACCUCGUGUACGGUAGCUAAGGAUGGAAGAUUUAAAAUGUAUCUUUCAAAGUACAUAUUCAACUGUUUAAUAAUCUUUUAUGACAUAUGCUAACAAUUUAAACACUGUUGAAUUGAUUGUGCAUGUAUUUUUGGGCAGAGCUCAUAUUUAAGCCCGAUAAUUAUCUAGUAUCAACCUAGGUUGAAAUUCUUUGGCUCUGAGAUUAUGAAAUUAUGAAAUAAAUCUGAGUCAGAAUAAUGAAUGAUGGCGUGGAGAACAGUGGGAUUUUUUUAAAACAAUGAAAAGACAAUGGAAAUAUGGAACAUUCCAAUAGACAAUUCCCGAUUUUGAUUAUGCACGCAGGGGGUGACGGGAAGUAAGGUAUGAUUGCUGAUUGUAUGUACUGUGAAAAAUUAAAUAAAAACUGCCGAAACAACCGAAAUAUUUAAAUUUUUCAAUAUUUACAAGUAUAUAAGCUUUUUCAGUAUAAUCAGCAAUAUGAUCUGCUUCCCCCCCCCCCCGGCACGCAUAAACUAAAAGCUGGAAUUGCCUAUUGCUGGAUCAUACUUUACUGCACAGUACUAAUAUUAUGAUAAAUGAUACAAACAAACUGCCUAGAUUUUAGCUUUGAUUUUUAAGAAUCUUUAAUAAUUCUAUUUCAGAGUGCCGCCGUACAAUGACUGGUCCUAGUGGUUCAUUUAGAUCACAUAAGGCUGCAGUUAGUGAGAUGGAUCCACGCUCGCAAUAUUGUUCCUGGUUAAUUACGCUUGCUGAAACAUACAUCAUUUCAUUGAGCUUUAAAGAGCUGACCAUACCAAGUUGUAAUGAUACAUUUCUAAGAAUAUAUGAUGGUUCAAAUGGUGCUGCUCCGUUGCUAGGCACAUAUUGCGGUUCAAAUGCAAGAGCAGAAUUUCUCGAUAUUUCAUCUUCUACAAAUAGUUUAUACAUUGUGUCAAAUUCUGGAAGUUAUGAAAGAAAUCCUAAAAGUACUUUGUCUUUUCAUGCACAAUAUAAUGCUACGAAUUUGACAGGUUGGUAUAGUUGUAUUUGUAAAAAAUUAAUAAUUCUAACGUUGUUAACCUGGCCGUAUACCAGGCAGAUAAUAAUAUUAUUCUGGAUCCUGACUCGUGGAUUCCAGAUCCUGCAUGACUGGUAGAUUUUGCAUCUUUACUUGUGGAUUACGAAUUCCAUUCUCGUAAAAGUCAAUGGAUUCCUUUAUCUGGAUUCCGAAUUCUAUCUACAAACUGGAUUCCAGAUGCUACUGUGCCAGUGCAUGGAGUCCGAAGCCCAAAUUUGGAUAACGGAUUCCGUACAUGGACUGGAGGGAUAUUAUCUAUCUGUUUCCAGUACGUAAACAGAUAUAUAGUAGGUGGGUAGUAGAUUUUUAAUCGAAUAGAUUAGUGAAAAUGGGAUCGUUACUCGUCCUUUAAUUGAUGCCAGGUCUGUAAAGUUAUAACGUAUUUUUAUGAUUGUAGAAAUUCAACCUAGUGAACUGGCUUCGGUGGAAAAUAAUGGAAGUUCUGUUUCUAAAAUGGUGACAACAAUAUCUGCGAUUUCUACCACACCUGCCAUUUCACCAUCAUGUUGCUCUGAAGGCAAGUGAGGUUUUGCUUAAAUUACAUUGAGAUCUAUUGUAGGAAGUUCUUCUUUAUCUGUUAGUGUUAGCAGUGUUGUUGUUAAUUAAGUUGUCUUGACAUUUUGAGUUGGUUAGUAGAAAUAAAAUAACUCUAAUGUUUUCUUAUCUUUAUUCAGUCAAGGAAAAAACAGGCAGCAGAAUCAUUAUCAUAGCAACAACAGCAGGUGGCGUCGUAUUUCUUUGCAUUGUGCUUAUUGUCUUAUUGAUAAAAUACAAGCGCCGGAAACAAGCUCCAAAAUUAUCAACUCCUGUCAAUAUUCCACUGGCAGACGCAACUCCACAAGAAUCAUUGCCAAUUGAUCAGGUAAAUUAUUUACGAUUGGUUAGUUUUGAACUGAUAGAGCCGUCUAAUAUAUAUAAAGUUAGUUUAGUUCAGGUUUCCUCCUGUAGUAACCGACUGGGAUCAAUAAAAGAUGAUUCUUACUGGACCUCUUGGAGGAGCAGUAUAUAAAACUGAUAGAGCUGUCCAGUAUAAAUAAAAUUAGUUUAGUUUAGGUUUCCGUCCAUAGUAACACUGUAUCAAUAAGAGAUGAUCCUUACUCGACCUCUAUAUAGGGAGAACAGUUUAGAACUGAUAGAGCUAUCCAGUAUAAAUAAAGUUAGUUUAGUUCAGGUUUCCUCCUGUUAUAACACUGGAUCGAUAAGUACUGGGCUUCUCUGGACCUUUCGGAGAACAGUUAAAAACUAAUAGAGCCACCAAAAACUAUUCCUAGCCUUAGUUUUUGACGUUUGGCUGAAUUGGGCAAACGCAACACGUGUAAUCGACAUUAUUAAAAAGUCAUCAUUAUCAUCAAAACAGGAGCCAGGUUACGAAACUGUCGCAAGUCUUAAUCGAGAGUUUUUAAACGACGUAUCAGCUGAAGGUAAUAUGUUUAAAAUUCCACUAUAACCUUCCUAUGUGUAAUAUUUUUGUCAUUAUGAGAAGAAAUGUAAUAUAUUUUUGGUUGAACUGGAAUAGUUUAUUUACUGUAGUAGUUGCAAUUAUUCAACGUCGAAAUGAGAGUUGAUGCAUGAGAACCCCUUUUCUAAAACACAGCGUUUUACAGCGCCCUGAUGACUGCCAGCUCUCAUCGACUUUUAUCAACUCUUAUUGACUUUGGUUUAAAUUUUGAUCAGAAUUUUUUGCUCGUUUGAACCCUAAUAUCUUUCGCUUCUCAACUCUCAUGCAAACUCUCGCUUCUCAACUCCCCUCAACUCUCAUGCAAACUUUCACUUCUCAACUCUUAUCAACUCUCAUGCAAACUUUCGCUUCUCAACUCUCAUCAACUCUCAUAUAAAUUCUCGCUUCUCAACUCUCGUGCAAACUCUCGCUUCUCAACGUACUCUCAUGCAAACUAUCACUUUUUAACUCUCAUCAACUCUCAUGCAAACUUUCGCUUCUCAACUCUCAUGCAAACUCUCGCUUCUCAACUCUCAUGCAAACUCUCGCAGACGCUUCUCAACUCUCAUCAAUUAACUCUCGCUUCUCAACUCUCAUACAACUCUCGCUUCUCAACUCUCAUGCAAACUCUCGCUUCUCAACUCUCAUGCAUGCAAACUCUCGCACACGCUUCUCAACUCUCAUCAAUUAACUCUCGCUUCUCAACUCUCAUCAACUCUCAUACAACUCUCGCUUCUCAACUCCCCUCAACUCUCAUGCAAACUUUCACUUCUCAACUCUCAUCAACUCUCAUGCAAACUUUCGCUUCUCAACACUCUCAUCAACUCUCAUAUAAAUUCUCGCUUCUCAACUCUCGUGCAAACUCUCGCGCUUCUCAACGUACUCUCAUGCAGGGGCGAAACUUGAGGGGGGGUGUUGGGGGUGUUACACCCCCCCAAAAUACGAAUCAUCCCGAUUGGCAGGGCAAUCAAAGGUCUCUUAUAAAUAAAUGAUAGCACAUAGGCGUACCGGGCGGGGGCAAUAUUCGAUCAACAGUCGGGCAAUUUUGGUUUGAAAAAAAAAAAUGGGACAAAUUCAGUCAAUUUUAUCUAAAAUUAAGUGAAUUUUUUCGCAAAUUGUGUGAUUUUUCGAAAAUUUGUGUUAUGUUCCGAAAAAUAUAGGUUGUCCGGAAAAUUUUUUUGACCCCUAAAAUGGUACACAGACCGAAAUUUUUUUGGCGACGGGGGGGGGGAAGGUCGCCGAAAUAAUUUUUCAGGAAAAAUUUUUUGGUACUUUUUGGCAGGGCAUCACUGGUUUUGGCAGGGCAAUUCUGCCAGACACCCCCCUAAUUAAAAGGGGCUAGUUUCGCCCCUGCUCUCAUGCAAACUAUCACUUUUUAACUGUCAUCAACUCUGAUGCAAACUUUCGCUUCUCAACUCUCAUCAACUCUCAUGCAAACUCUCGCUUCUCAACUCUCAUGCAAACUCUCGCUUCUCAACUCUCAUGCAAACUCUCGCUUCUCAACUCUCAUCAAAUCUCAUCAAGUCUCAUGCAAACUCUCGCUUCUCAACUCUCAUGCAAACUCUCGCUUCUCAACUCUCAUUCUCUUUUGAUCGCGGCUUUAUCAUAUCUUGUUUUGUUUCUAAAGGAAAAACAUCAGAUUACGGAGAGGUUGGAGAUGAAACAACGGGCCAAAAUAAAAUGUAUGAAAAGCCCAAAAUAUCGUCAGAAAAUCCAGGUUAUGCUGAGCUUGAUAAGAAUAGACUGCAAGGCAGAAAUGAUGACACUUACCAGAAACUUGUAAAGCGAGACUCAGAUUAUGUUAUACCAGCUGACGAGAGAAGAGAGUCGUACGAAGACAUGAAAAUGGGAAGAAACUUACCAGGCUACGAGCCGCUGGAUCUAAGCAAACGCGAAGCUGAUGAUUACCAAAAGUUGGUGGAAACUUGA